AUAACCAUCCACUCUCCACGCCAAAUCCACAGAAGAGAGAGCAAUAAGAGAGAGAGAGAAGAUGACAGGCUUCACUGCAGAGAACACCAAUGGUUUCCACGCCGGAGAGAAGGGAGGCGCCGGACAGAAAACGGCCGGCGAAGUUAUCAAAUGCAAAGCGGCCGUGGUUUGGGGUCCGGGAGAGGCCUUCAAGAUCGAGGAAAUAGAGGUGGAGCCUCCUCAGCGUUUGGAAGUCCGGCUUCGAAUCCUCUUCACCUCAAUAUGCCACACCGACCUCAACGCUUGGCAGGGCGAGAACAAGCUGCAGCAGAUAUUCCCUCGUGUCCUGGGCCACGAGGCCGCAGGUGUGGUGGAGAGCGUAGGGGAAGCAGUGGAGGAACUGAAAGCCGGUGAUCGGGUGGUGCCGGUCUUCACCGGCGAAUGUGGAUAUUGUGCCGCGUGCCGGUCGGAGAAGACCAAUCUAUGCGUCGGUUAUGCGGUGGACCCUAUGCGGAGCGUGAUGAGGGCCGACGGUCGGGUCAGGUUGUUUUGGGUCGGACCUGAUGGUGAACGACGACCUGUUUAUCAUUUUUUGAACACCUCAACCUUCGCCGAAUACACGGUUAUAGAUUCUGCCUGUGUUGUUAAAGUCCCCGCCGAUGCACCGCUCAGUCGCAUGUGUCUUCUCAGCUGUGGCAUUUCCACCGGACUUGGAGCGGCGUGGAAUACGGCGAAUGUCGAAGAAGGAUCGAAGGUGGCAAUCUUUGGACUCGGUGCGGUCGGUCUUGCUGUUGCCGAAGGAGCACGGCUGAGAGGAGCUGCUAACAUCAUUGGGGUAGACAUUAACCCAAAUAAAUUUCUGAAAGGACGAGAAAUGGGCAUCACAGAUUUUAUAAAUCCAACGGAUUACACAAAACCUUUACAUGAGGUGAUAAGGGAGUUGACAAAAGGAGGAGUUGAUUACAGCUUCGAGUGCUCUGGAAAUCUGGAAGUUCUUCGCGAGGCGUUUCUAUCCACUAUCUGGGGUUGUUGGGGAUUAACUGUGCUUCUGGGCGUCCACCCAUCUCCUAAACUGCUACCUCUGCAUCCCAUGGAGCUCUUUGAAAGGAAGAUAGUCGCUGCAGUGUUUGGGGACUUCAAAGCAAAGUCGCAGUUGCCUGAGUUAAUCAGCAAGUGCAUCAGUGGGGAGAUUAAGAUAAAUCUGGAUGGGUUCAUAUCACAUGAGCUUCCCUUCUCUGAGAUCAACCAAGCCUUUCAAUUGCUGGCUGAGGGGAAGGCUUUGAGGUGUCUUUUGAAGCUUUGAGUUUAUCUAUGAUUGGAGUAGAGAGAAUUUUAUUUUAUAUAAUUAGGAUAUAAAUAGUUCAAAGCUAUGGUAAGUAGUUCUUCCUAUUAGCAAAUAAUGUAAGGACCUGAUCUUGGUUCUUGAUUUAGCAACACCUUCUAACAGAGUAUUUUAUGUAUUUAAAGGAUAUGUAUUUGCUUUACUUUGGUGGAUCAGUGAAUGCACCACUUCUGUAAAAUCUUCUUUGGAUAAAUUGUCAUAUUUUCUUGAA